AUGGAUAUACAGACCUUGCUGCACAAUCGUCAUGAUAAAGUAUCCUGUUCUGUGUGUAUGUGUACAUUCACUGAUCCAAAGCAGUUGCCUUGUUUGCACAGUUUCUGUCUUCACUGCCUGAACGGAAUUCAACGAACGAGCGGCCUCCAUGGCAAAAUUACAUGCCCCGAGUGCAGAAGACAGUUUCAAAUACCUGGAAACGGAAAUCCCAGCGAACUUCCCACCAAUUUUCGUAUCAACAGUUUGCUAGAUGUCUUGGCAAUUAAAGAGUGCAGCACAGCUAACGUAAAAUGCGGAAAUUGCGACAAGCGCAGCGCCCAGACCUUGUAUUGUUUCCAGUGUUGUUCUUUCUGGUGCGAGGAAUGUAUUUUAGGACACAACAUAAUACGCACCAAUAAAGAACACAGAACUCUUGUACUGAAGCAUUUUCAGGAUCAAGACUUCGAGGCUGUGUUAAAGCGACCAGCAUUUUGCCAGAAGAAACACCAUGAAAAAGAAGAACUGAAAUUCUUUUGCAAGAGCUGUAAAGUCGCCAUUUGCAACACUUGUGCUGUAACGCUUCAUGAAGGUCAUGGUAAAAUGCCCUUGCAAGAAGCUACAGAUGCGCGCAAGAUACAGAUCAACUCCGUGAUUACUUCCUUGAAAGAUAAAAUGGUGGAAAAAAGAAAGAAGGUCGAACAAUUCAACCAAAAGAGCAUGGAAGUUCAAGCGCAAGUAGCCGACGUAAAAGGCCAAGUGCAGACGAAUGUGCACAAAAUGAUUGCAAUCAUCGAAGCGAGGAAACAGGAUGUUUUUGAAGCGGUUGAUAAUCAAGCGAAAAAAUCACUUGAAACACUCUCACAGAAAAAAGGCGAAGUUGAAAAUCAAGUGAAAAUGAUUGAGUCAGCAAUUGGACAAACGGAAUCUCUGAUGAAACGAAACUUUAGUACAGAAAUCCUUGGAUUCAAUGAAACAUUUGAUAAAAUCCUACACGCGAACAGGGAACCCACGAAAACCGUGACACAGAGUGUAUUCCUCGAUUUAGUUUCACUAAAAGUGAAAAACUGA